GGCAGCACACGCAGCACUGCGGGCCGCAGCUGCUGCAGGCGGCAGUGGCGCAUUCCCCCCGCUGGCUGCCCGGCCUGUCCCCCCGCUCCCUGGCGGUGCUGCUGCUGGCUCUGGCCGACCUGGGGGCGGAGCCGGGGGGCGAGUGGACGGGGCUGGCGCUGGAGACGGCGCACAGGAAGCUGGCGGGUCUGGAUCCCCCCUCCGCGGUGGCGGUGCUGUGGGCCGUCAGCAGGUUCGAACGAGCGCGGGCGGCAGCGGCAGCAGCAGCAGCAGAGGCGGGGGGAGGAGGAGCAGAGGCAGCGGAGGCAGCGGAGGGAGGAGGAGCGGAGGGAGC